AUUAUUGUUUGUUACAGAAUGGUUACUCACUUCUCUCAAUAUUAUGCAGAAAACCUAAAAGCGUUCAUAAAUAUCACUGAGUUCAAUCAAACGUCCGGUCUGUAUUACGAAUCCUAUGGUCCCCUCAGAAUCUCCCAGAGUACCUGGCAACUUAUUUCCUACCUGGAUUUAAAGAACUACCAGCAACGUCAUUCUUUAAUCUUAGGUUAUUACAAUCAAACGGUGCGUCACUGUCGGGACGCAUCAGAAAAUUCAAAAGAUAUAAAAAUAGCUACAGUCUGUACCCAAUUUGUUCAAAUUACAUUACCUUAUUUAAAUGAAAUAGAAUUCAAUCAUAUUACUCUUUCAUCUAUGUUAAAUCUGAAGGGGAAUAGCAGUUCUCUUUACUCCCGACAAAAGAGAGGUCUAGCAAAUUUCGUUGGUAGAAUAGCAAAUGUUUUAUUCGGUGUAUGUUCCGAUCAAGAUGCUGAAUAUUUUUAUAAUAAAAUCAGCGAACUUCAGGAAAAUAAAGAAAAAAUUCUACGACUAUCCAAAGAACAAAUACACAUUAUGAAAUCCGUAGUUCAUCACACAUACAAUUCCUCACUACAUCUAGAUCAAACACAACAAAAUAUGUCCCGAAAUAUACAGAAACUACUAUCGCAAAGUCAAAUGAAUGCUGAUAAAAUCAAUUUAGUAGAAUUCAUUUCUACUCUAGCUGAACAUACAGCCACCAUAACUCUACUACUUAGCCAAUACAGUUGGGAAACUCAGAACCUCCUUGCUAUAGUUAACUCAGCUCUAAGUGGUCGAUUACAUUCUAGUAUCCUACCUCCUAAUAUCCUACUUAAUGAAUUGAAAGAAAUCCGUCUUAGUUUACCAUCAACCCUUGAACUCCCAGUUUCUAUCUAUUCUACAAGUCUAACUGAUUUGUUCAAGAUAACUACUAUUGAUGCAUUAUAUAUUAAUUAUACUUUGAUUUUUAAUUUAAAAAUCCCUUUAUUGUCUAAUUUAGAUUUUAAUUUAUUUCACCCCAUAUCCUUGCCUAUACCACAAGGAAAUCAAAAUUUUAUUUUUAUUGUAACCGAAUCUAAGUAUUUAGCUUUAAGUAGAAAUAAUGAUUAUUAUUUUUCUUUAUCAGACCUUCAACUUUCAAAUUGUUUUGAUUUAAGUAAUUUUAAAUUGUGUAAGUACUCUAAAGCACUAUAUCGUCAUUCCAAAACAAAAAAUUGUGACGUAAAUCUAUAUUUUAAACCUAAUUAUCCAAUUGUCAAUUGUAAUCUUAAGUAUCGUAAAUUGUUCAUUCCCAUAUAUCAUAAAUUAGAAACUCAAAACUCUUGGUUAUAUGUGACUCCUACAGAUAUGACACUCAAAUGUAAUAAUGUACAGAACCUCUUUUCUAUUAAUACCAUUGGUAAAAUAACAGUGGAUAAGUCUUGUACUGUGAGUACCGAAACUUCAGUAUUAUUACCAUCUCAAAACAUUAUUUCUGUUUUCUCCCAAGACUUUGUUCCCGAGAAUCCUUUAGUUUACAUGAAUUCUAAUAUAACUAAUAAAAUUUCUAAAUAUCAGCCUGAACCGUUAACAGAAAAUAAUUUCAUUCAAGAUUUGAAUCAAUUAGCAGAUGACUCAAUAGAUCUCAAUAAUCUUGAAUCCACAAUAGCAGAGUCUUCCGAUCAUUUCAUCUUAAAUACUCAUAUCCCAUUUCUUUACUGUCUCUUUCUAAUAAUAGUAAUUCUAACUUCAUAUGCAUUGUGUAAAUAUAAAAAUACCACCCGACAAUAUAAACCAGAUAUCGCACAAUGUACAAAUUGUAAUGAAAGUAUGGUCUGA